GGGGUUUGCAAUUCUCUCUCGUAAUUGCUGUGGAUCGAUAUGACGAUGACCAAAAUCUUGCUAAGAUGCUGUUUCGGGACGCUUCUUGGAAAGAAGUCAUUUGUCCCGGGUGCUUGCACCUUUGUGGGCGAAGUCGUGGCGACAUGGAUGGUGUGUGAGAUGACAUGUAACAUUCAUCGUCGAAUUGACCGGAAUACAUCACACAUCGUCCGAUGCAUCAGGCUCAAUCGAAGGAGUGCAACAUGUUGAAACAGCCAGUGGCUUGAGACUCGUUGGGCCUUUCAUAUCGCCCACCACGCAUGUGGACCAUGAGGGUAGCUUCACCGGUGGAUUGAUCGUAUCGGGUAUCUCCCCGAGAAACCGUUUCGUUCUGCUGGGCUCCUCCGAGACCACCACGUCUUUUCAAAUUUCACUUCGACUCGUGGAGAGAGGAUUUCAGGGAAGCUUGACGAUAAGUCCUUCAGUUUCGUGAGGAACGAAAAAUCUCAACCCAAUUUGAUCGACAGUCAUAGGUCGUGGAUGUCAUUGAUCAUUGAAUACAUACGCGGUUUGUGUGCCAUGGAUUGAUAAUAUCCCGCAAAUACGAUCUUGUAAUGAAAUCAUCUGUGAACUCCUGAUCGCGAUGGAGCAUCUAUCAGUUUCCGAUCGACUAUGGAAGAUGAUAUCGUGGAAAAAGUAAGAUUUUGAAUCUCGAUGAAGACCAAACGCACCAGAUUGGGCAACUUGUGCCUUCCGUUUUGAAGAUUUUGAGAAGACGGUCAAGGUAUACAGCGCCGUCAUCGGAAUCUAUCCUUAUCUGCUCAUUAUAUCUACUGCCUCUCACUUAUCCCUCCAGGAAUUUUUCUCUUCGACUGAAUCAUUUCGAUUUACGCAACGACCUUGUUGAUCCGAGCAACUUUCAUCUUCUCCUGUCGCUUCUGAUAAUCACUUUUAUAUCAAGAUGGAUGAGAGAAAGGGUAGCCAAAGCACUUCAUUCUCUGAUGAAUUAAAUGAGAAACAGCAACCUCAAUGUUGUUUGAGGUGGGAAAGGUAUUCAUAUGCACCACAGCGUCCUCGAGGCACUUCGAUUAUUCUGAAAGACGACGAGAAUGCUCGCAAUUGGUCUCCUUUUAUCAAAUACGCAAUUUCCAUUUCGGUCUUAUACACAGCAUUUGCAGCAACUUUUGGGAAUUCAACCUAUACGGGAGGUAUGGCAGGGGUCGUUACAUCGUUCGGAAUUUCAAAAACAAUAGCCACUAUUCCGAUAUCGUGCUACUCUGCGGGCCUCGGUAUCGGUGCAUUAUUCUCAACGGCAUUCUCUGAAGUUUUCGGUAGGCGGAUAGUGUACAGAGUUACUGCACCUCUAGCAUUGAUCUUUACUCUUUUGGGAGGAUGUGCUACAAACUUUGCCACAAUUGCCAUCGCUCGAGCACUCGCUGGUCUUUUCGCAUCUCCUUGUCUGACAGUCGGUGGAGGAAUCAUAAGCGAUGUAUGGAACAUCAGCCUCGAGAAAACCGGAACUACAUUUGCUGCGUUGUUCGUACUCUUUGUAGUUGGUGGUACUCAAACUGGGCCCAUGGUCAGUGCAGCGAUAAUAACAAACCACUCUUGGCGAUGGGAAUUCUGGGUGUCAGCUAUCUUGUUCAGCGGCUCUACAAUCUUUGCCUAUUUACUUCCCGAAACAUACCAACCACAAAUAUUACGCCGCCGAGCAGAAGCGAGAAUGGGCCUUACAACUACCAGGGCAACACUUACAAGACUUGUCCUUACAUCACUUGGAAGACCUCUACACAUGCUACUCGUCGAACCUACGGUCUUUCCAACGGGUCUCGUUAUGGCAAUAACACAAUCUGUUGUCUUUUCUUACCUUGUCUCGUAUGCUAACUUGUUUGAAAAAAUCUACCAACACUCACCAUAUGAAGUCGGAAUGGCAUUUUGUCCUUUGAUAAUUGGAAGUGUGCUUGCACUUCCGACAAUCGCCAUUUUUGAUCAACUGUUUUAUCGAAAACCACGAAACGAAGCAAUUAAAACUGGUACCAAAGUAGCACCAGAGAAACGUUUGUAUCCAGCCAUGUUAGGGUCUAUCACACUUCCUAUCUCUUUAUUUUGGCUCGCCUGGACAGGUCGCGCAGAUAUUCCAUCAAUCAUACCCACUCUUUCUGGUGGACUAUUCGGCUUCUCAUUUGUUCUCACCAUGCUAUGUCUCCCAGUAUACCAUAGCGACUUCUACACUGCUCACUACAGCGCAUCAAUGUUAGCUGCCUUGACAUUCAUGCGCUUCUUUGUUUCAGCCUGUUUCCCUCUUAUAACUCCAACAAUUCUCGACAAACUUGGCUUUACAUGGGCAACAUCGAUGCUGGGCUUUAUUACUGUAUCUUUGAUACCAAUCCCUUGGAUCUUAUAUAAGUUCGGCCCUUACCUAAGAACUAAAAGUCAAUACAUAAAGGCAUAAUUGAAAGCUGUGAGCAUCAUGUGGCAUCAUAGUAGCAUCUCGACCCUUUAUUUCUUAUAUAUAGGUAGACUAGUGGAUUUACUUGCUUGGAGGUCAUAAUUAAUCAUAGUGUAUAUCUAAUAAUUCUUAUAAUAAAUUCCAAAUCUCAUUUUCACCCA